UGUAUGGCCGGCUGGGGAAACAAUUUACUUUCACGUGAUGCUAAGAUGCCAUGUCUUUUUCCCGUGGGCUUCGAGAAACUAGCUAGAUCCGUGGCACGCCGGCACUCUAUUUAUCUCGUGCUGGGUUGUGACCAACUGAGCAUUGAGCAUUGAGAGCCAUGGCGGAGAAGACGGUGGUCCUCUAUCCCUCGCUGGGCGUGGGCCACCUGAACCCCAUGGUGCAGCUGGCCAAGGCCUUCCUCCGCCGCGGCGGCAUGGCCGUCACCAUCGCCGUCAUCGAUCCGCCGGGGAAGGACCCCGUUCUGGAAGCCGCAGUCGCGCGCCUCGCCGCCGCCUGCCCCUCCAUCACUGUCUGCCUCCUCCCCAUCCCGUCCGGCACCAACAAGCACUACUCCAAUGUCGCCUUGCGCAUGCUGGACGAGCUCCGCCUCGCGAACCCCGUGCUCCGGGGGUUCCUCGGCUCGCUCCCUGCCGUCGACGCCCUGGUUGUCGACAUGUUCUGCAUCGACGCGCUCGACGUCGCCGCGGACCUCGCCGUCCCCGCUUACAUCUUCUACCCGUCUGCGGCCGGCGACCUCGCGAUCUACCUCCAGGUUCCUGAUCUCUGCCUCAACGCCCCUUCGUCGUUAAAGGACAUGGGCAGGACGGCGCUGCACUUUUCCGGCGUGCCGCCGGUUAGCGCUCUGGACAUGCCGGACACCAUGCUAGACCGGGAGAGCGACUUGUGCAGGAGGCGGAUGCAGCAGCUCGCGCGAUUCCCGGAAGCAAGAGGCAUUCUGGUGAAUAGCUUCGAGUGGUUGGAGUCGAGGGCUCUGAAGGCGCUCCGGGAUGGCCUCUGCGUGCCCGCCGGCCGCUCCACGCCACAUAUAUACUGCGUCGGGCCACUGGUGGACGGCGGCAUGAACGGGGAAAGCGGCGAGAGGCACGCUUCCCUCGAGUGGCUGGACAGGCAGCCAAAGCAGAGCGUGGUGUUCCUCUGCUUCGGAAGCAGGGGGGUUUUCUCGGCGGCGCAGCUCACGGAGAUGGCUCGCGGUCUGGAGAACUCUGGGCACAGGUUCCUGUGGGCCGUCCGUAGCCCGCGUGAGGAGCAGAGCAAGUCUGCCGAGCCGGACUUGAAGGCGUUGCUUCCUGAUGGGUUCCUGGAGAGAACCAGAGACAGGGGCUUGAUUCUGAAGAACUGGGCGCCACAGGCAGAGGUGUUGAGCCACGGCGCCGUUGGAGCGUUCGUUACGCACUGUGGCUGGAACUCGGCACUGGAGGCUAUCAUGUCCGGCGUGCCGAUGAUCUGCUGGCCGCUGUACGCGGAGCAGAGGCUGAACAAGGUGCACAUGGUGGAGGAGCUGAAGGUCGGGGUGGUGGUGGAGGGCUACGACGAGGAAUUGGUGAAGGCCGAGGAGGUGGAAGCUAAGGUGAGGCUGGUAAUGGAGUCUGGUGAAGGGAAGAAGAUGAGCGAGAGGAUGGCCAUGGCAAAGGACAUGGCCACCGAGGCCGUCAAGGAAGGUGGUUCGUCUGACAUGGCAUUUUACGAGUUCCUGAAGCAUUUAGAGUGAAUCGGAUCGAUGGUAGUAAUAAAUAUGCUUUCCAGUUGUCUGGAGAUUUUCAUUUGUGCCUCCUGUCCUUUAGCUCUUUCGCAAGAUUUGUACUACUAGUAGUGUGCAGAUGUGCAACUAAUGCUGCUGUGAGAACAUUGCAAUCUAGGUGGUCGCAUCACAUCGAAAAAGUUUGAUCAGGCCGUCUAUGAAAUUGGUAGUUGGACUGUGAGUUGAUGCUUGAUGUGCUUGCCGUGCUUCAUUUUAGAUGUCAGUUAAACGAUGCAUCUCCA